GUUUUUUCGUUCUGCUACUCGAUCAGAUUCUCAAUCCUAUCUACAACGUGGGUGGGUUCGAUCGGUGCCUAGAAAGAAGUAAGUUGAACCCGAUCAUCGACUGGGAUUCCAGCCAGAGGCGAGUGAGUGAGAAUGGUGGUUAAGGCCGCUGGCAGCGCCUUUCCCCGUGGGCCCAAAGCCGCCCAGAGCCGUAGCACGAGCGAUGGUCCGCCCUCGGCCCGCCCGCUGGGCCCGACUCGUCGAACGGAACCCGAGUUAUUUGGCCAUGCUAGCCACGUGAGGAGCCAGAAAAAGAGCUCAGCCCAGGCCCGGCGCUCUGCUAAGGCCCAUUCGGGCGCCAAGACCGCGUCCGAGGCCGAGUGGGUGGGCCAAUGUCAACCACUGACUUUCCGUCAAUUGAGCGCCGGUCAAGUGGUUUUAGCUGCCGUGGUCAGUGUCGAAGAAUAUCAACUGAAAAUUACGCUGCCCGGUCGUUUACCGGCUCAGGUCAAGCUCACGCGCAUCUCUCGGGCUUACACGCGCGCUUUGAAGGCGUGGGCGCAAGAGGGCGAUGAGACGGCCGUAGGCUUGCAGCCGUUAACGGCCAUGUUCCGACCGGGCCAGCCCGUGUUGGCCGCCGUGGUGUCGGUCGAUCAAAAUGAACGCGGAUUUUAUCACGUGGAGGCCACUUUGUACCCCGAGGCCGUUCAUGGGGGCUUAACCACCGCCCUGGUCGUGCCCGGGACGGCUUUGCAAUGCGCCGUCAAGAGUGUGGAGGAUCACGGCUACAUCCUGGAAUCGGGUUUGACGGGCCCGCCCACCUUCUUGUCGCUGACCCAAGCCCGUCAGUACGAAAAACGGGCUCUGGGGGGCCGGGCUUUGUCUUUGGGUGAGUUAGUGCCCGUGGUGGCCAGUCGUAAUCAGGACGGGCAAUUGACUUUGAGCGCCGAUCCGGCCCGCUUAGCUAAAGCGACGGUCGAAGCUACUCAAUCGUUAUCCUUGCACGCCCUCUUGCCCGGUGUCACCCUCUCGGCUACCGUUCAACGUAUCUUGGAGUCGGGCGUGCGAGUUCAGUUUGGCGAUUCGCUCUCCGGAUAUGUCACGCGCUCGCAUCUCCCGGCAUCGUUAUCGCUCGCCUUAUCCGACCCCAUCGAAGUGACCGUCCUCUACAUCCUACCCACCGUCAACACUGUUUUCCUAAGCGCAUAUUCGCAUCUUCGCUUGGGCCCCCGAUCCGCAACGACGACUGACCCGCUCGAGGUGAUUAAGAUCGGGGCCACAUUAUCCAAUGUGCCCGUUUCGCAUUGCACCAAAUCCGGUCUGACGCUCACUUUGCCUCAUGGAUUCACGGGUGUGGUUCCCACCCGCCACGCACAAUCUUCGGCAUCCAUGAAGACCAAGUAUCCCGUUGGGAUCCGGGUCACUUGCCGUGUGAUUCAGUUUGACUGGUUGGAGCGGGCCUUUCUAUGUUCCACGGAUCAUAGCGUGAUCCACCAAAGCGUGUUGCAAUUGAAUCAACUUGAAGUGGGCGCCCAGGUGAAUUGUACCGUUAAAGAAUUCACUCCCACGGGUUUGAAGGUGCAGGUGGGCAAACACGUCCACGGGUUCAUCCCCAGUGUCCAUUUGUCGGAUGUGCCUCUGAAACACCCGGAGCGUAAGUUUUUGCCCGGCACCAAGAUCCCGUGUAAAGUGUUGAGUUUGAAUACCCAGACCAAGCAACUCUUCCUUACCGCCAAGUCCAUCCUGGUCAAUGAAGAUUUUGUGCCUGUGAGUGAGUUCGACGUCAAGUUCAUUGGCACCGUCACCGAGGGCGUGGUGGCCAAAAUCUCCAAUGCGGGCAUGCUUCUCGAGCUCUUUGGCGGGGUCAAAGGUUGGGUACCAAAAUCUCAAUUGAGUGCUGAGCCGAUUGAGUAUCCAGAAAAGUUGUUCUUCAUUGGUCAAGCAUUGAAAUGUAAAGUGUUGGAGGUCAAACCCGAGGCCAAACGGAUCAUUCUGACCCUGAUUCUCGGAGGUCACCAUAAACCUUUGGGAUCCAGGGAGAAAAAAGCCGCCGAGAAGUUGCGUUUGUGCCAGUUUUACCCCUGUCAAGUCACUCAGAUCAAGGACGAUGGUUUGGCUGUGGAUGUGACGGAAAGUCCCGGUACCGUUUUGGCCGGAUUCAUCCCCAAGCUUCAUUUGACAGAUCACCCUGUGGUGGCAGAUGCUUUAUUGAAAUCAUACGCAGUCGGCGAUCAUAUUCCGGAAGCAUUGUGUUUCGAAAGGGACGUGUUGCCCAUUCUGAGUUUGAAGCCGAUUCUGAUGGAAGCCGUUCGCUCAAAAACCUUGCCUCAAAGCUUUGAAGAUCUUCAAGAAGGGGUACUUUUACCCGGAGUCGUGUGUCUGAUCAAGAACUACGGUGUUUUCCUACGUCUUCCCAUACGUAAGAUGACCAAAAGUGCGCUGGUCCCCAUGCGAACUCUUUCCGAUUUCUUCGUUGAAGAUGCCAAUGAAGUGGUCGAGCUGCAUCAAACCGUGUAUGGCAAGGUUAUCGAACGUGACGAGGCUCAAACCCGCCUUACGAUGUCCACCAAAGUGAAAGAUGUGAAACCCAAGACUGACGCCAGACAACUCUCGGCGACUCUGAUGGCUUCUUUGUUGGACGAUCUUGAACGGAUCAAGACUCACACUGGCAACGGGAAUCUGGUUUGCUUUAAAGUGGGUACGACGAUGAGCGCAGAGGUGAAACGAGUCACGCCCAUUGGUGUGGAAGUCAAUGCCUUUGGAACUCGAGGCAUCAUCACCUCCGACAAUCUUCCACCCAUGGAAGAAGGGGCCACGUUGGAGCCUGGAGAUUCCUUGAAUGUUACUGUACUGAACAUUGAUUGCGAUUUCGAGUGUUUGGAGCUCACGGCUUUGCCCGAGUUUACGAAGAAAGUCAAGAAGUCCAAAAAACAACAACAAGCGGACAUCCCCGAGAAUUUUCGAGUGAACGUUACCAUCGCCAUGGUCAAAACCGACCUCAAUCUGGCUUUAGGCGUGGUGAGAAAUGGACCCUUUCACGGCCGGUUUAUCCACAUACCAACGCGUUCGCACAUCAACGAUUUCCUAGGCUUUGCUGAUCAGCUCAAAUUGGGCGGGUUCUUUAAAGUCAUUGUGAAGCAGAGCAGUGCUGAACACACCAUUGGAGUUCUUGAGAGUCCUUUACCUGCUAAGAAGCGAUUGAGAGCGGAGAGCCUCUCCCAACCGAUAGACGAAACCAAGGUCAAAAAGGCUCGACAUGAAUCCGAAUCGAAAGAAAGCCUUCUAAAAGAGGUUGCAAAGUCAACCGAGACAAACGAGCCAAUGGAAGUGCCAGCGGAUCCCGGUUUUGUGGACGAAUUCGAUCCCUGGGCCGAAGGUGCUCCCAAGCAGCAACAGAUCUCGUCUGAUCCAAACGCCAAGGCUCUCAAGACCAAGACUCAUUUAUCUAAGAAGGAAAAGAAGGCCCUGGACAAACUUGAAGCCCUAGAGAUCGCCAAAGCCGAGCAAAGAGUUCUGGAUGGUGAAGAGGCCGAACCCGAAACUGCAGAAGAGUUCGAUCGUUUAGUCUUGGCCUCGCCCAACUCCUCCUUGUGUUGGAUCAAAUACAUGGCCUUCUACAUGACGAAAGGCCAACCUGAACAAGCGCGGGAGAUCGUUCGGCGAGCUUUGGAGAAAAUCAAUUUCCGCGAGGAUGAAGAAAAGUUCAAUAUCUAUAUGGCCUGGUUGAACCUCGAGAACACCCUCGGCGACGAGGAAAAGUUCGAAGAGGUCUUUUCGCAAGCCCUCAAGUUCAACGACCAAUACAAGGUGUACCUUCAAGGGGCCAAGAUCCACGAAGAAUCCGGCAACAAGGAGCAAGCCGAGAAACUCCUCAAAACUCUGGUCCGGAAGUUUAGCAAAGAACCCGAAGCCUGGCAGGCCUUAGGACUGUUCUACUUCAAGCAGAACGAUUUCAAAGAGGCCCGAUUUACCUUACAAAGAAGUAUCCAGAAUCUGGACAAGAAGCAACAUCUGGAGAUCACGACCAAAUUCGCCCAAUUCGAAUUCAAACAUGGCGAGGCGGAACGUGGGAAGACCCUGUUCGAGACCAUUGUAGGCAAUUAUCCUCGUCGAGUGGAUCUCUGGAACGUCUAUGUGGAUCUUCUCGUCAAACAUGACGAGAAAGCCAAUGCUCGAGUCAUUUUUGAGCGCAUGAUCCAGCUCAAUCUCCAACCCAAGCGAAUGAAGUCCAUUUUCAAGAAGUAUAUCGAGUUUGAAGAGCAGGAGAACAACCCGCAAGCCGUGGAUCAGAUCCGCAAAAAGGCCUUGGAAUAUGUGGAGGCCAAGGUUGGGAAUCAGAUCCAGAAGUCGAUUGAGAAGCCCGAGAACGACGCCAGCAGUGAAGAUGAAGCUAUGGAUAAUGGAGAUGAUGAAGUGGACGAUGUGGAAGAGGCGUUUGCUGAUAUAGAAUAACGAUAACAAGCGAUGUAUUGGUCUCUUUCGGAAUGCUAUGAAUAAAACAAGUUAAAACGAA